CACACAGUAUGCCCACAUACAAACACGUGAACAAUGGAGAUCUCAGCUCUCUUCACUAGCCUCAUUUGGUCUCUGGGUUUGUGUGAGCUGAAUUUAGCUUUCGCCAUUAAUGGUUCUGGGAAUGAUCUGAAACAAAGGACUGGGUUUACAGGGUAUAGAACUGUUGCUGGGGUCAGCACUGAGGCCUCAUCUGUGAAAUGUAAGCUCCGGGGUGCUGUUCGUCUACCUGCAUUCUCAAUGGAUGGUGACUACGUCAUUGGGGGUGUUUUCUCCAUACAUAACUACAAACACACAGCGGAACAUAACUACACCAUCAUGCCUGAGCCACUAAAGUGCACAGGGAGCAUUGACUACCGAAAACUGCGUUUUUCACGUGCAAUGAUCUUCGCCAUUGAAGAGAUUAACAACAGCACAAAGCUGCUGCCGGGCAUCAAACUCGGUUAUCGGAUCCACGACUCGUGUGCCUCAAUACCCGUGGCAGUGCAUGUGGCAUUUCAGCUUUCAAAUGGCCUGGACCCGGUGUUUUACACUGGCGCCAAUUGCUCGCAAUCUGGUGUGGUGAUGGCUAUCGUCGGUGAGUCAGGGUCCACACUGUCCAUCAGUAUGUCACGCAUCAUGGGGCCCUUUAACAUUCCUCUGGUGAGCCACUUUUCUACUUGUGCAUGUCUGUCCGAUAAGCAGCAGUUUCCCAGUUUCUUCAGAACCAUCCCUAGUGACCAUUUCCAGGCUGAUGCACUGGCCAAGCUGGUAAAACACUUCGGCUGGACUUGGAUAGGUGCUAUCCAUUCGGAUUCAGACUAUGGCAAUAAUGGCAUGGCAUCUUUCCUGAAUGCAGCAGAGAAGGAGGGGAUCUGUGUGGAAUACAUUGAAUCUUUCUAUCGCACCCACCCACGUAGCAAGAUCCAGAGAGUAGCUGAUGUUGUCCGCAGGUCGACAGCUAUGGUUAUUGUGACAUUUGCAGCCGCUGCAGAAAUCGGGCUACUCCUGGAGGAGCUGUCAAGUGAGCCUUCUCCACCUCGCCAGUGGUUAGGCAGUGAGGCCUGGGCAACCAACCCCGACAUGCUGAGGUUCAGCUUCUGUGCUGGAACUAUCGGAGUUGGCAUUCAGAAAUCUGUCAUCCCAGGUCUGAGAGAAUUCUUGCUGGAUCUCUCUCCUUCUGAAGUGGCUGCCUCUCCACUGCUUACUGGGUUCUGGGAGGAUGUGUUCAACUGCAGGCUGGGGAAAAGUGCGGCCACGGACGAGACUGUGUGUGAUGGAACUGAAGACAUACAGACAGUCAAGAGCCCGUACACUGACACAUCUCAGCUCCGAAUCACUAACAUGGUUUACAAGGCUGUUUAUGCAAUAGCACAUGCCAUUCAUAAUGCAGUGUGUCAGGACACAAAUUCUACAACUCAGUGUGACAAAAUCACCAGAAUAGAGUCCAAAGAGGUUCUUACUCAUCUGAAGAAAGUAAAUUUUUCCCAAAACGGUUAUGAUGUGUCCUUUGAUGCCAACGGGGAUCCUGUGGCCACAUAUGAGCUGGUGAACUGGCAGAAAAGUGAGAGUGGCAGCAUUGAGUUGGUGACAGUGGGGUUCUAUGAUGCAUCACUGCCAGUGGGCCAGGAGUUCCGUAUCAACAAGAAUAUCACCUGGGUGGAGGGUAGGACACAAGUUCCUGUAUCAGUGUGCAGUGACAGCUGUCAUCCAGGAACUCGUAAAGUGCUGCAGAAAGGAAAACCCAUCUGCUGUUAUGAUUGUAUACCUUGUCCUGAGGGAGAGAUUAGCAAUGUCACAGAUUCUCCUGAUUGUUUCCCUUGCCCCAAGGAGUUCUGGCCUAAUUCACAGAGAGACACUUGUUUCCCCAAGCCUGUAGAGUUUCUUUCCUUUGACGAGGUCCUAGGAAUCAUCCUGGCUGCAUUCUCACUUGGUGGUGCCUGUCUUGCCAUUAUAACAGCGGCUGUGUUCUUUCAUCACAGAACAUCCCCGAUUGUCAGGGCCAACAACUCUGAACUGAGCUUCCUGCUGCUCUUCUCCCUGACUCUGUGUUUCUUAUGUUCAUUAACUUUCAUUGGAGCACCCUCUGAUUGGUCCUGCAUGCUGCGCCACACAGCGUUUGGGAUCACCUUUGUCCUCUGCAUCUCUUGUGUUCUUGGAAAAACUAUAGUAGUGUUAAUGGCCUUCAAAGCUACACUCCCAGGUAGUAAUGUCAUGAAAUGGUUUGGUCCUCCACAGCAAAGAUUGACUGUAGUGUCUUUCACAUUCAUUCAAGUUUUAAUAUGUACUAUUUGGUUGGUAGUCAGUCCCCCUUUUCCGAAGAAAAACCUAACCAUAUACAAGGAGAGAAUCAUCCUGGAGUGUGCAUUGGGUUCAGCUAUUGGGUUCUGGGCUGUACUCGGGUACAUAGGCCUUCUGGCUGUCUUUUGCCUAGUGCUAGCUGUCCUAGCCCGGAAACUACCUGAUAAUUUUAAUGAAGCCAAGCUUAUCACCUUCAGCAUGCUGAUAUUCUGUGCAGUCUGGAUCACCUUUAUCCCAGCGUAUGUCAGCUCUCCUGGGAAAUUUACUGUGGCUGUGGAGAUAUUUGCCAUUCUGGCUUCUAGUUUUGGACUAAUAGUGUGUAUAUUUGCUCCAAAGUGUUUCAUCAUAUUGUUUAAACCAGACAAAAACACCAAGAAACAUUUAAUGAACAAAAAUUAAUCCCAAAACAUCUGAGAUUUGGAAAGAGUUAAUAUGGCUAUACUGUAUACAGUAUAGUGCCUUUGCUGUGCAUAUUCAACACACUCAUCGCCUAGUUGAUUUACAUAUUUACACUGACAUGGUUUUUACAUUUCAUGUUUACUAGAUGUCAGUAUCAUUCAUUGAAUGUGCCUUUAACAUAUUGACUCAUUUCAUGAAUAAUUUUUCAUCCUGUGCUAAAUAAAGUCUAACGUCAUAACAGAAA